AUGAGGUCAGGGAUGAGGGUUUCCGUGAAGAGCUUUCCGAAGCAGCUGAAGUUUAAGAAGUUUAAGAAGAAAUCCUCCACAGCCUUCCGAAGCCGGUCGGGGUUUACAACUUCCUGGUGGUUCGCUAUUUACCGAGGGUGGUUUAAAGUCCAGUUAUUCACCAAUAUUAGCUGA